CCAAACCUUAAAACUCGUGUGUAAAAUGGUUGUGGUAAGACGCAUGUCCUCCUGGUGGGAGCCAAGUAUUUUUCCAAAUCCUUGAGGUUCAGCAAUGGCGAUUAGGGUUCUAACUAGAUCAGCUUUUCAUCGAUUUUUCACUGUCUUCCCGAAAAACUUAGCUUGUAAUAAAAAAGUUCGAUCUUUUUCAGGAAGCUAUGAUACCGCAUCUAAAAUCACUUCAGAAUUCACAGGAAAUUCAGAAUAUAGACAACAAGUUUUGCUUGCUAAUCUCUUGCAGAGGUAUGGAUUUCCGACAUGUCAACUACAUGAACUUCUUGGAAAGAGUCAAUUUUUAUUGAAUUUCAAUUUGUUGGAUGUGGAGAAGUCUCUUGGAAUUCUUUUGGCGUUCAAAUUAUCGCAGAAUUCUCUUGUAUCAAUAAUAUCUAGUUGUCCUGGGGUUUUGGAAUUGGGGUUUCUGAGGAAAUGGGAGAUGGUUUUUUCUGAACUAGAUCUUGGUAGUGUUUCUCCAUUGCUAAUUCAAAACGUUCUUGAGCACUCUAGGAGGUUUCAGUUAGAACCUGCUGACCUCUGCAACAGUGUACGGGUCCUAAAGGCUGUUGGCUUUCAUUAUGGGACUGUAUCUAGAGUUUUAGAGGAAUUUCCGAGAGUUAUUAUGAUAGAACCGGAUGAGCUUCACCGGAGGAUUGAGUUCCUUAAGGGAAUUGGGAUUCGAAGUGAUGAAAUCGAUAAACUCUGCUAUUCGUUUCCGGGAAUUUUAGGAUAUUCCGUUGAGGGUAGGUUCGUGCCACUUUUUAAUGAGUUUAAGGAGUUGGGUUUUAAGGCAGACGAUAUCAGAAGGGAGGUCAUUAAAGACCCUCGAAUUCUCACUAUGGAAGUAGGGGAGCUCUCUCGAUGCCUGGAACUAAUGAGGGGUUUGAAGUGUAGGUUGGCAAUCAAAGAGAAAAUUCUCUGUAAAGGGAUUUUUAGAGCUGGGACCGAAGUAAAAUUGAGAGUGAAUUGCUUGCACAGACAUGGGCUAACCCUGAGGGACGCUUUCAAAGUGCUGCAGAGAGAACCACGAUCAAUCAUAUAUGAAUUGGGUGACAUAGAGAAGAAGAUUGAUUUUCUAAUAAACAGGAUGGAGUGUAAUAUUUAUUGCCUGGUUGAAGUUCCAGAAUACUUAGGUGUGAAUUUCGAAAAGCAAAUAGUUCCUCGUUAUAGUGUAAUUGAGUAUCUAAGGUCAAAAGGUGCACUUGGUUUUGAAGUUGGGUUGAAGGGUCUGAUAAAAUCCAGUAGGCUUAGGUUCUACAAUCUUUAUGUCAAGCCAUAUCCUGAGUGUGAAAAGAUCUUUGGCAGAUUCUCAACACAAGCCAAAAUUGAACCCCAACAUCCUGUUGGAUUGUGGAAGCUGUUCAAGCCACAAAACUACCCACAGUCCAAAGAGGAUUUAAGAAGCAUUAAGUUGUUCAUGGAAUCUUUGGUUUAAUGCCUUAUGGAGUGCUAAUCGUAUUGUAUUUGAUUCUUUGCAUUGUGGGAAUAUUUAGAUGGGAAGUUCAGUAUCCUAGGAAGAAGAUUUUUCGCAUGAUUUGGUUGCUCAACUAAUGACCCACCAAUGUGAUAAGCAAAUAGCCAAUUGGUGAAGGAAUUUGCCUGCUUUGGCUGUACUUUGACAAGUAUUAGUUGAUUCCAGUUGCACGGAAAGUUCCAUGUCUACAUGGUACAAGAACAUUAUCGGUUUACUUGGGCCUUUUUCCAGAGCUUCCCAUAGAUUGCAACUUCAGCCCAUUAUGCAACUUUGCUUGGUGUCAAAAGUUUAUUUCCAAAGGGAAUUGUGUUGUAGAGAUCCAUUACUCUUUUGCUUUGCAGUGAUAUGUAUUUUGAAAACAUCCAAGUAAUGGGAAAAAAGAUGUUACGUGUCUGGUUUAGUGGAUUAGUGGGCUGUGUUGUGACCCACCAGGGUGAUUUGUUGGGUUAAGUAAUUUGUUAUCAUGUUGUUAGUUGUUAUUCUUAUCUUAUUAGAAUAUUAGUAGUCUGCUAGUGUUAAUUGGUUGUUGGGGAUUUAGUGGGUUCCAUGAGCUUACAUUUAGGAGAUUACAUGGUCUUGUUAGAGCGGUCAAUGGGGGGUCUUUAGAUAAGUGGGUUUGUUAUUAAGAUGGAGUAGAGCCUUAAAACAAGGAGAGAAUCUCUCUAGUAGUUGAUAUGUUGGAAUGUUGGUUCAUGUAUUUAAGUUGUAUUUUGAGAGUUAAUUAAAAUAUUGGAUAUUAUUUAAAAUUUGUACUCUUGUUAGAGUUUGGAGGCUUUGGGUUUCCUCGAAUUAACCCAGCUUAUGUUUAUCUCUCUCCCUACCAAGAGAGGAACAUAACAAUUGGUAUCAGAGCCAGAAAUGGCUACCAGUUUUGAACAUUGCUUGGCACGAUUGGAGAGAAAAGUGGCUUCACUUGUGGUCGUCUAGAAACGGAUGAAGGAGAGAAUGUUGUAGAUGUUUGCAUCCCUCACUCUAGGAAAACUAAUAAAUAGCGGCAGCUUUGACAGGGACUAAAUGGUGAUUGCCGCUAAAAGUAAUACCAUAUAGCGGAAGUCGUUUAAAACUGCCGCUAAAGACAGUGUUGACUGCCACUAAAUCCAUGUAGGCACGAAAAGUGUAUUAAAGCCUAUUUUCCUCCCUGCGUAAACCCUUUUUCUCACAUCACAUUCCUCCUUUGCCCUUCUCUGUGUCUCCUCCUCCCUCUCUUUUACUCAACCUUUUCGCCACCAAAUGACACCUCUCUCUCUCUCUCAAACUUCUCACCAUGGGAUGACACUUAACCAAUGGCGCUAGCAUCAACAGGUGAAACACUCUCUCUCUUAUGGAUUUCCCUUAACCGUUUGGUUGAUUUUGCCCUCCAUCGGACAACACAAACCAGCAACGUCAAGGUUAGCAGUGUGGAUUCUGGCUAAGCUACCCAAUUACUUCUCACCCAUCCAUAUGACAUACAAAGGAUUGUUGGACUGAUAUAGCCACAACCACCGCUUUGUCAGAGUCAUCUCAACAACCUCUAGAAAUGGUGGCAACUCCAGAAGUCCCGGCCCAGGCCUUGACGGCAACGCCAACCAAGAAGAAAUAGCUUGGGUAGCCUAGCAAUAACAUUUUCUGUCUCAUACUCGUGUUCUUAAGGUAGGUAGCAUCAUCGACCGCAAGGGCGAACUAGUCAAGAAGAUAUGCAAGGAGACUCACACUUGUGUUCGCAUUCUAGGUGGACCCAUUGGCACUUCUGAUCACAUUGUGUGCUCGUGUGAUGAUACACUGGUUUUCAGAUGAUACAGAAUCAUGGCAUGUUGACUAUGGCAUAUAUGUAACUUGGAUUUUAACCUACACCUAAGUUUCAUUACAAAGAUUCGUGAGGUUACCUAGUCCACUCCUUCCAAGACCCCAGAUCACUGGAAUCAUCACAAGUGUUUCAUGGCCUUCCACAUGGACCCAAAUGUUCUUGACAGAACCCAAUAAGGGAUGAUGGUCAAUUCUAGCUGGGGUUUUGGGCUUACAAAUGUUAUUGACAGAACCCAAUAAGGGAAAUCCUGGUACAAUGUACACAUGACAAAAGAGUGGUCUUCAAGGGCAUAUUAUUUUUCAGGUGGAUAUGUUGUGAUGAAUGAGAAAUUGCCAAACUAUGUCGUCCCUGAUUUGACCAACUUCAAGGUGGAUAUGUUGUGAUGAAUGAGAAAUUGCCAAACUAUGUCGUCCCUGAUUUGACCAACUUCAAGGAGAAGCAAAGGCAUCUUCUACGGUCAAAUUCAAGGUGACCAAUGUGACUCCAACUAGCUUUGAAGAAUUCAGUCAGGUAAUUAAGUGUCCCCGGAUGGUGAAGUAUUUGAACCUCGUGAUGUGCUUUUAGAUUUCAGUCGAUAUUCGAAGAUUCUACACCAUGUAUCUCAAUGACUGGCUUUUUAAGUCUCAUAAUAUUAUUCAUCCUACAAGUGUGAUUCAAUGUCUUAAUCCUAUGAGCGGUCAUGCUGGGUUUCUUGGUGGUGAGAAGGCUUCUGUUGUGGAGUUUUGUAAUAUGAAUGAUCACAAGAGCAGAAAGACAACAGUGAUCACGAUUGAUGAUCUAAGAAGAGCCAGAACCUUUGGAGGUUUUCUUCUCCUUCUUCCACUGUAUCGCUCACUUACAGAUACUAUGGUGAAAUCAUAUUGGGAAAAGGUUGAUGAUUUAGCGGAUAAGUUAAAGUCAAAACGAUGGGGAAUUCUGAAGUCCAAACCAAAGGAUUUACUCGAUCCUGGUGAGUGGAAGAAAAUGAUGGUGGUGAUGGCGAGCUUUGUCAUCACCUCUCCUCCAUUAUUCCAUCACAUUCUGUGCAGUUCCACUUGGACAACCCAGUUUAAGAUUUUUCCAUUGCAGAGGGCAGCGAUGUUGCCUAGCAAAUGUUGCUCAAGGUCAAUUGAGAACACUGAAAUAGAAGCAGAGACAUCCAAACAUCCACCUUGGAAUAUUUCUACACACAAUGGCGGAGGAACUUGCACCGGCAUUCUUAACAAUAAUUAUGCUGUUGUUUUUAUUGCUCUUCUUCCAUUAUUUGCUGAGAUAAAAGUAGAAUCAAGCCCUUUGGCUCUUGUUUUUAUGGAGCUUUCUGGAACUUUUUGGAGUUCUCGUCUACAAUCCAAAAUGAGAAGCUUGAGCAGCUUCACUUUUCCAAAGCCUAUGAGAUGAUCCAAAUCUGCCUAGCACUUAUAAUAUGGAACCGAGUUGAGGACUCUAGCAUUGCUGCACAGAUGGGCAAAUUCGGGGUUGAGCAUGUUAUGGCAGAAUAAAUUCCGAGUGGUGGUGGAGCGAGAGAUGAAUGCCAAUUCACUGAUUCAGUGCCAUUUACGGAACUAAUGGAGAAGAGAAUUUGACCUGCUGAAAGGACAUACAACCUACUCAUUUCCACUUGGUCCAUAGCUGAAAUUUUCUCCAAUAGUGCAAUGCAUGUCUAGUACCAGAAAAAAUUAUUAAAGAUGGUCUUCUGUUCACUAUAGUUACCUAUGGAGCAUUGAUCAGGCAGUAUUACAGAGCUGGUAAUCUAAAUAAAGCAAUGAACAUUUUUUGUUACAUGGAUUCCACUUCAAGGGUCACAUCCAUUGCUGCUGUAUUCAACACUCCGAUUGAUCCCUUGUGCAAGGAAAAGGAGAUUAAAGCAACCUCAUACAAUUAUGAUGUGGGUCAUGUGCAACCAAACUGUGGCAUGAAUCCAGACUGCUCUAUGACUUGAUCGCGAAUUACUACCUGAAUUUCCCAUGUGCCCUUAGCUCUCCGUUUGCAGGUAUCACUGCACUCGAACAAGCGUGUAAGAGUGACAUUCUUGGGGAAUGUGGAACUCAACAAUUUUGCUAUAAAAAGAGAUAAAUACCAAGUAUUGUGACGAAGACAACACUGUUAUUGGAUUCGAGGGAAACUUGUGGCCAACAAUGUGGUGGCCAAUCAAGAAAAGCAUGCACGUGUCACUAUUUGUGUUUGUUCAUCGCAUGACCUUGAGGACAAGGUCAAUUUUAAGGGGAUGGGAAUGUUACAUGUCAGGUUUAGUGGAUUAGUGGGCUGUGUUGGGACCCACCAGGGUGAUUUGUUGGGUUUGUAGUUUGUUAGUGUUAAUCGGUUGUUGGGGAUUUAGUGGGUUCCAUGAACUUACAUUUAGCCAUUUAGGAGAUUACGUGGUCUUGUUAAAGCAGUCAAUGGGGGGUCUUUAGAUAAGUGGGGUUUGGACUCCGUAUCUCCUGUUCACGAGAACUCUGCCCACGCUUACCCACAAUACAYUAAUUUUCAUGAAUUGGGAACAUCUCCCCCUGCAUAAUACUAUGCAGAGGAUGAGAUGUUCUCAAUGUGUGGAUGCGAUUAACGUGGGCAGAAGAUCUGGACUCAUGGGUUUGUUAUUAAGAUGGA